AUGGCUAACCGAAGGGCGAACGAUCCUGAUCAUGAAGGAUCCCUCGAAGGGUGCAGCCCCAUCCAACUAUCGGCCAAUAACCUGUCUCUCCACAACAUGGAAGCUCAUGUCAGGAAUCAUUGCGGCUAAGAUAAGUGGACACAUGGAUCAAUACAUGAGCGAAGCACAGAAGGGCAUUGGUAGAGAUACCAGAGGAGCCAAACAUCAGCUCCUGGUUGACAGAACAGUCGCACAAGACUGCAGGUCCCGACGUACCAACCUGUGCACAGCCUGGAUUGAUUACAAGAAAGCCUAUGACUCGAUGCCACAUACAUGGAUCACUGAAUGCUUGGAGUUGUAUAAGGUGAACAGGACCCUAAGAGCCUUUGUUGCGAACUCGAUGAGGAUGUGGAAAACCACACUUGAAGCCAAUGGCGCAAGCCACUUACCCAAGUGUCCAUCAAAUGUGGCAUAUACCAAGGUGAUGCACUCUCCCCACUGCUGUUCUGCAUAGGACUGAACCCCCUAAGCCAAGUAAUCACCAAGACAGGCUAUGGAUACCGCCUCAGAAAUGGAGCUACAAUCAGUCACCUCCUCUACAUGGAUGACAUAAAGCUGUAUGCUAAGAGCGAAAGGGACAUAGAUUACCUGAUCCACACAACCAGGAUCUACAGCAGCGACAUCGGGAUGUCAUUCGGGCUUGAGAAAUGUAGUCGGAUGGUGACUAAGAGAGGAAAGGUAGUCCGCACUGAAGGGGUCUCACUCCCUGAAGGAACAAUAGCACACAUUGAGGACAGCUACAAGUACCUUGGUAUACCACAAGCCAUGGCAACCUCGAACUGGCAACAAGGAAAGCGGCUACGGCCAAAUACCUCCAGCGAGUGAGGCAAGUCCUAAGAAAGCCAGCUCAAUGGCAAGAAUAAGACCCGGGCAAUAAACAGCUAUGCCCUGCCAGUGAUCAGAUACCCUGCAGGAAUAAUAAGGUGGCCAAAGGAAGAGUUUCAGACCACGGACGUUAAGACCCGAAAGCUCCUAACCAUGCAUGGAGGGUUCCAUCCCAAAGGGGACUAGUGAGUGUGAGAGCCACUGUCCAGGAUGAAACAUCCAAGCUGCAUGAAUACAUCAAGGAGAAGGCUCCAACGGAUGACGUACUCAGAGAAUGUCUCAGACAAUGGGGAACAGAAGAUGAGGCGCUGGAAGAGGGACCAUCAUGGGAGGACAACCCCCUACACGGGAUGUACCACCGGACCAUAACUGAAGUGGCUGAUCUCAAGAAGUCCUAUCAGUGGCUAGAGAGGGCUGGCCUGAAGGACAGCACAGAGGCACUCAUCCUGGCUGCUCAGGAGCAGGCCUUGAGCAGCAGAGCCAUCGAGGCCCAGAUAUACCACACCAGACAAGACCCAAGGUGUAGGUUGUGCAAAGAGGCACCUGAGACGAUCCAACACAUAACUGCAGGGUGUAAGAUGUUGGCAGGGAAAGCCUACAUGGAACGCCAUAACCAGGUGGCUGGCAUAGUCUACCGAAACAUCUGUGCGGAGUAUGGACUGGAAACCCCAAGGUCAAAAUGGGAAACACCUCCGAAGGUGGUGGAGAAUGACAGCGCGAAGAUCCUGUGGGACUUCCAGAUCCAGACUGACAAGAUGGUAAUGGCGAACCAACCAGAUAUCGUGAUCAUAGAUAAAGGGCAGAGGAGAGCCGUUGUAGUGGAUGUAGUAGUCCCAAGAGAUGGAAACAUCAGGAAGAAGGAACAUGAGAAACUCGAGAAAUACCAAGGGCUCAGAGAGGAGCUGGAGAGAGCCUGGAAGGUAAAGGUGACAGUCGUGCUUGUGGUGGUCGGAGCACUCGGGGCAGUGACCCCCAAACUAGAUGAGUGGUUGCAACAGAUCCCGGGAACAACAUCGGACAUCUCAGUCCAGAAAUGUGCAGUGCUGGGAACAGCAAGGAUACUGCGCAGAACCCUCAAGCUUCCUGGCCUCUGGUAGAGGGCCCGAGCUGAAUGAGGGACGGACACCACUCGAGGGGUGAGAUGAGGAUUUUAUUUAUAUAUAUAUAUAUGUAUAUAUACACACACACAGUAUAAUGGCUGGUCACCAAAAUGUAAAAUGUU